AGCGCUCUACCCGACCACUUUUUACCGACGGCUGCAUUUCCGGUAGCGGCGGCGGGAAUCGGGCUACUGAGUGGCGUCUAGGCCUCUGCAGAGGCGAAUCCGGGGGGGAUCUGAGCCAUCAGAGCCGCCACCAUGACUGUGGGCAAGAGCAGCAAGAUGCUGCAGCACAUUGACUACAGGAUGAGGUGCAUCCUGCAAGAUGGCCGUAUCUUCAUCGGCACCUUCAAGGCUUUCGACAAACAUAUGAACUUGAUCCUCUGUGACUGUGAUGAGUUCAGGAAGAUCAAGCCAAAGAAUUCAAAACAAGCAGAAAGGGAAGAGAAGCGAGUCCUUGGUCUCGUGCUGCUGCGAGGAGAGAACCUGGUCUCGAUGACUGUAGAGGGACCUCCUCCCAAAGAUACUGGCAUUGCGCGAGUACCACUUGCUGGAGCUGCUGGAGGCCCAGGGAUCGGCAGGGCAGCUGGCAGAGGAAUUCCAGCUGGUGUUCCAAUGCCACAGGCUCCUGCAGGACUUGCUGGGCCAGUCCGUGGGGUUGGUGGGCCAUCCCAGCAGGUGAUGACCCCACAAGGAAGAGGCACUGUUGCGGCUGCUGCAGCAGCUGCCACAGCCAGUAUUGCAGGGGCCCCAACCCAGUACCCGCCUGGCCGUGCAGGUCCUCCCCCACCUAUGGGCCGAGGAGCACCCCCGCCAGGCAUGAUGGGCCCACCUCCUGGUAUGAGGCCUCCCAUGGGUCCCCCAAUGGGGAUUCCCCCUGGACGGGGGACUCCAAUGGGCAUGCCCCCUCCGGGGAUGCGGCCACCUCCCCCAGGUAUGCGAGGGCCCCCUCCCCCGGGAAUGCGCCCACCAAGGCCCUAGACUCAUCUUGGCCCUCCUCAGCUCCCUGCCUGUUUCCUGUAAGGCUGUACAUAGUCCUUUUAUUUCCCUGUGGCCUGCGAAACUAGUUUCUAAUAAACUCUUAAGAGAAUAUUAUAAAUGUA